UGUGUGGUGGUGGUACUUCAGAUGCCGCAAAAUUUUCUCGGGAUGCUGUGACAAGCGUGGUUUCUGGUGUUGAUCCGUUCACAAUUUUUUAAUUUUGAAAACGUCUUCUUUGUGCCGUCGGUUUAUUUCUCUCGUCAGUCAGUAGACCCUCGGUUUACAGUGACCCAGCGUGUCAAUUUACUGCAUUGCUCACUUCUCAACUACCUCACUUUCUUUUUUUUUCUCUGUGUUGUGUGUUCGAGCCUGACUAUCGAAGCCUCUGAAGUCAGAACGAUUCCUCUGAUCCUCAAAUUCUUCAAUAUCACAUGGAUGUAACAGUUUGCUUCUCUGAAUUUUUUAAGCCUCUUUUAAUAAUUAUCUGCUGAACGUAGGCUAAAUAUUUAGGAGUUAAGUUUUGUUUAUGCAGACACUUAACAAUUUAUUCUACAAUGUCCCUAAAAAAGUGUGUGUCUCAGUUGAGUCUCUCCGCUAGAUCAUUGAAUUUUACUCCGUGUGUAGCCUCAUCGGCUCAGCGUGGAGAUCUUGCCGACAAUGGGAAAGUGAGAUGCCGAUUCAUCAGCACUGGCGGAGUAUCAUCAUUUGUAAGGUGCCAGUCUGCAUCUUCAGGGUUACAACAGGAACUUCCUGAACGUAGAAUCUUGAGGUCUCAUUCUACCGUGACCCCUAGCGUGCCAAAAGCUGCAGUAAAAACAGCAGUGAGCAAGGAUCUAAGUAGGGAGUUUAUGGCCAGAUUUCCAGAUCUGGUUCGAGAUUUAACGGAAGCAGGAAGGCAUCUGGAUAUUCCCGAAGUCACAAAAUGGUUCGCCAAGGUUCUCCAGUACAACGUCCCGGGAGGCAAAAAAAAUCGAGGUUUAGCUGUCGUAAGUGCCUACCAAAUAUUAACUCCACUUGAGAAACAGACUGAAGCUGACAUCAGAAUGGCUCAUAUCCUGGGCUGGUGUGUUGAAAUGUUGCAAGCAUUCUUAUUGGUCGAAGAUGACAUCAUGGACCACUCCAAGACCAGGAGAGGGCGUCCAUGUUGGUAUCAGCUAGAAGAAGUUGGGACAUCUCAAGCGAUCAAUGAUGGAAUCCUCCUGGAACAAGGCAUUUAUCAGAUUCUUCGAAGACAUUGCAAAAACCAACCGUACUACCUAGAUCUCUUGGAGCUGUUCCAUGAUGUUACGUUCAAGACAACAAUGGGGCAAUCACUGGACAUCUCUACCUCUAACAGUAUUAAUAGAGAGACUAACAGACUGGACAAAUUUACAAUGGAUCGGUACAAUGCUAUCGUGAAGUACAAGACUGCCUAUUACUCUUUCCACCUACCAAUCGCCAUUGCCAUGUACAUGGUUGGGAUCAAUGAUCAAGAAAUCCACAGGCAGGCAAAAAUCAUUCUACUAGAGAUGGGACACUUUUUCCAAGUUCAGGAUGACUUUUUAGAUUGUUACGGUGAGCCUGAAAUCACUGGUAAAAUAGGAACUGACAUUGAGGAUGGAAAGUGUUCCUGGCUAGCAGUGGUCGCCUUGCAAAGAGCAACACCAUCCCAAAGAGCCCUCCUGGAGCAAUGCUAUGGAUACAACGACCCAGAGAAGGUAGCUGCUGUCAAACAAGUUUAUCAACAGUUGGGUCUGCCUCAAAUCUAUUCAAGGUACGAAGAAGACAGCUACAAUUUAAUCUCAACGCACAUCCAACAGUUGUCAACAACAAGAGGACUUCAUCAUGAGUUAUUCUUCAAAGUGCUCGAAAAAAUCUACCGCAGAGAAAGCUAAACUAAUUACUUCCCUAAAGCUCUUGUCAAAACAUUUCAUGAAACGCUUUCAAUAUCAUCCAACCGUAUAACUCUAACCUUUGGUCCUAAAUCCGAGCUGUAUUGAUUUAUAGUUGGUACAGUACAAAUUAGUAGUUGAGGUAAAGCUGGUAAUACUGUCAAUGGCAAUGUAGCAGUGAGAAAGUUUAAAGUUAGCAUUCUAAAUUUUGGGUUGGUAGUGGCACUUGAAGUAACCAAGAAUUGUCGAGUAGCCAGUCACAAUUAAUUUGACAAAGUCAAAACUCAUUUGAACACUUAUAUUUCAUAUCUGCUCAAGCUUCUUCGCAUCUGCCAUCACCAAGACGUCAGCAUCCAUUUUUUCUGCGUAUGUCUGGAUGAUGGGAACUGCCAAAAAGCUUCAAAAUGAAAUAAAGUAUUCAGGUAAAUUUUGACUUUGUCUGCCUAAUCGCAGCUGGCUUUCCUACAAUUAUUAAUUAGUAAAGAAGGAACUAAGAUAGUUUAGAGGCUGUACUUUUAACGUAGGUUCAUUAUAUCGCCAUUUUUGAUUCUCAUGACUUUACCUCACCUACUUAUUUGAAUUGUACUCACCACAGCAACCUCUGUUCUAGUCCUGUCAAUGCAAUCAGACCAAACAAAAAAGUCAAUGUUCAGACUUCACCUUAACCUCGGAAAUGUUUUCCAUGACUGAAAAUCACAUAACUGUAUUGAAAAUUGAUUUUUGUCCUCUGAGAAGCACCCAGAUCAUUAGAUUAUGCCACGAUUUCAGUAUAAGCACCAUUUCUACCAAAUGAGUUUGUAUAAAAACUGAGCCAAUGGGUAGUUAGUCUACCCACAAUGAAAAUUCGGUAGUUGUGCCGUCCUCAACAGUUGAAUUACUCAGGAUUAGAGCAGAUUUGUAAUUAUUUUAUGGAGACAUUGAAACAGAUUAACCAUGAAAAUCCCUAUCUUUUAAGGACGACAAAUUGCUCAUUUUAAGUCGUUUUGCAAUUAACUUGUGGUCACUCGGUUUCUGUGUCUCUCUUGUCGUUUGUACUUUUUUGUGUUAAACUUUUUUUUUUCUUUUAGCCCUGUGACAGUGAUGAUUUUCUUCUUCUUCAUGUAGAAUAGAAUUAAUUAUCAGUAAAAUUCCCAACCCUUCUAAAUCACUUUAAUUUAGCAUUAAAAAUGUCUCUUGUGUUAGGAUUUUUACCGAUUUUUCUACGAGCACAUAUAGUAUUACUUUAAGAUUCACAACAUAUAUUAAAUCUAUUCUACAUAUUCAUAAAACCCAUUUUGUAUCCAGCUCCUCCCCACUCUACAAGUACUCUUUUCAGUAAUUCAUGGCAAUAGGUUGUCACUGACUGAUUACAUAUUUAUUUUCCUAAUUUCUUUUUAAUCAGUGUUGACUUUACUUAAUUAUAGGUUUUUCUGCAUUUUCUCUUGAAGUAUGUAUUUUUAGCUAUGGUGUAUAGCUCAGCCAUCUGGACUUUCUAAUUUUUUAUGUUAUUUUUCUUCUCUAGUUUUUUUGUGAGGCAUGGUGCAUGAGGCAAGCAUAGAGUUCAACAAGAUUUUUUUUUCAAUCAGGGAACUGCUCAAUGCUCACAACAGAAAAAUUGAAAUAAAUUGCGACUUUUUCUGGAAAAACUUUUUAUGCAUCCUCAACAUUUUUCACAUUUUUGCCCGUAUUAUGCGCAGAAAUUAAUUUUAAGAUAAAUGCCAUCAAGACUUUUCAGGAGCUCGAAAAAAAUUUAAUCUUUUGAGAAAUUCAAAGUUUAAGGUAUUAAAAGAAGGGCAUUGGGCAAAAAAUAGGUUUGCAAUUUUUUAACAUCGUUAGUCUAUGAGGAAAAUUCAUUUUUACAUCUUGUAAACUUCAAGACGAAAUUUUAAUGGUUUCUUUUUAAUUUGUUGGCACAAAAAAUCGAUAAGUGUUGAUAUUUACCUUGUGACCUUUACCUCGAUAGUUACAAAAGGUUCUUCCAGAAAACAUCACUUAAUUAUAAGGAAGCAAUAUCUUUGUAAGCAAUAAUUUCAAAAGAUGUAUUUCCUUUUUACUACAGAUCAGCAUGAGAAGUUGAAUGCUUGGAAUGUAAUUUUGAUGAAAUUAUUGCUAAAUAUGAUUGUUUUGAGCAUAUCAUCUGAGUAUGUUCGUAACCAAGCAACUUCAAGAAUUGCAUUUGGGAACUGAAGCAAUCUACAAUUUUACAAGUGCAUUAGGAGGGUUAAUUUGUUGAAGGUUGUAUGUAUUCAGUCCAAUGCUAGUAUAGAUAGGCAGUAAGAAAUUAGAUGCUUCCAAAACGUGUGUAAUUAAGGUUAGAUGCAGAAAACUUUUUCAUAAUUUUAAUCACCAUUUAAAAGGUUGGUCAAAGCCUUGCACGGAAGAGAGCCUAAUUUCAUAUUCUACAUGACUGUGUCUCUGAUAUUCUACUCUUGAAAUAAUCCUAAUUUGGAACAGCUCAAUUUUGUAAAGCUCCCUUUUACGCAACAAAUUUUAUAAAGCCAGAAAAUUCUCAGGAAAAAUUAGCAAUUUUGUUUUUUUUCUAUUUGGUCAAAUGUAGCGUCUGAAUCUGAAGUUAUUCCUCGUAAAUUGAGCGGAAACUUUACUUUUUUUUUCUUUCCAUGCCCUGACGAUUGAAGCUAAUUUUUGAUAAUCUUUUUUGUCACUUCAAAUUUUUAUGUAACCUAGGAAUUAAUGUUGUAUCAAAAAAAAAUUCUAUUUGUGUAAUUUAAUAAUGUGAUUAUAAUAAAUUUACUCCUAGAAAAAAUCAGUUACAAUGAAUGAAUGGAAAAUAAGUCACCAAAAAUUAUCCAUCCUUUUGGUGAUGAUAAUUUUGUAAUAAUCAAUGAAUAUAUGUCUAGAUCUUUUGAUAUCCAUCAUCAGAAUUCUUUAGGUGUUAAAUGUAUUCUCUGUUUUUCUGAGCUAUAAGGAUGGAUUUUAAAGUGCAGAUGUUUUUACUAACGGUGCUACCCUUCUUCUCUCUCAACCUGUAAGGAAAUAGGCAGUUUUUCCUGUGGAUCCCUUCGUAAUCGAAAGUUUGGCAAAACACCACCGAAGGAAUUGCCUUUUCUUUUUCAAUUCGAAAAACGAAUUUAAAUCUUUUAAUUUUCCCCUGUGUUUCAAUAUAUUCACUUCAAUUUUAGAAUUAUCUAUCACAGUGUUAGCAUUUGAUUCUCUGUUAUCAAAUAAAAUUUAAUAGUUUCAUGCGAAGGCAGUCCUCUGUAUCAUUGGAUAUUUAGCCAUAAAUGAUCUAUUCCAGAUUUUGAUGUAUCACUGCUGAGCAGGUAUGAAAAGCAAAAAUCGAUUGUCUAUCAUAAGUUUUGCCUUGUCAUAAGUUGGAUUUUAUCUGUUUUCCUCUCAUAUGUUUAUCUUAUUUGUUCUAUGAACUCUUUAUGUUAUGGUUAUUAUUCAGAUUUUUUUUCUUUUAAUCUCUCGAGAAUUUGUAUUUUUAAAACAGAAAUUAAUAAACCAGUGUUUAUUAUUUUAUGCAAUAUA